AUGAAAUCCAUGAACCACCCCAUUAUCAUCAAACUUUUUCACGUGAUCGAGACGGAAGAGAUCACCUACCUGGUGAUGGAGCAUGCCUCAGAGGGAGAGCUGCUGCGGCGGAUCCUGGAACGGGGGUCUCUACCGGAGUGCGAGGCUGAAAGGAUAUUUACUCAGGUGGUGCAUGCAGUGAAUUACUGUCAUAACAAUCAAGUUGUCCAUAGAGAUAUAAAAGCCACCAACAUCCUUAUGGACUGCAGGGGGAAUGCCAAGCUGAUUGAUUUUAGCCUCGCUGUGAAAGUAACUCCUGGGCAGAAGCUGCGGGGUUUCUGUGGCACUCUGCCCUAUUGUGCCCCAGAACUCUUUGCACGGGGGGAAUACGAUGCGUACCCCAUCGACAUGUGCCUCCCAGGCACCCCGAGCCCUAGCAUUGUCGGGACCAUGAGAGUCAUGGGCUAUAAGCCUGAAGUAAUCAUUGAAUCCCUGAGAGACCAAAAAUACGACGAGGUGAUGGCAACUUACCUUAUAUUGCAGCACCAGUCACCUGCGGGGGACUGUGGCCACAACCAGGUUGGAUCACGUGACAGCCACACUGAUAGUGACCAUCCAUCUCUGGGUCUGGAGGAAGAGGACAGCUCAAGCUCCUCCUCUGAGGAUUUAUCAGAGAUGACGACAGUCAUAGAGAUAGAGUCGAAUAUAGUCGCAGAGGAAAAGACCCUAACACAGGAAGACAUCGAUGCUCAAGAAGCAAUCAUUGCCCUGAGACAGGACAUGGAGGCCUGCUCCUCUGUGGAGGACCCCUUCAACACCGACUAUAGAAUGAUGAGGACUCUGGGACAUGGACAUUUUUCUGAAGUGAAACUCGCCUUCCAUGUUCCCACUGUGACCUGUGUGGCUGUAAAACUCCUUAGAAAUAAGAAGAAGUACAACUCGAUUUUUAACAGUGAAAUAAGCGUUAUGAAAUCCAUGAACCACCCCAAUAUCAUCAAACUUUUUCACGUGAUCGAGACGGAAGAGAUCACCUACCUGGUGAUGGAGCAUGCCUCAGAGGGAGAGCUGCUGCGGCGGAUCCUGGAACGGGGGUCUCUACCGGAGUGCGAGGCUGAAAGGAUAUUUACUCAGGUGGUGCAUGCAGUGAAUUACUGUCAUAACAAUCAAGUUGUCCAUAGAGAUAUAAAAGCCACCAACAUCCUUAUGGACUGCAGGGGGAAUGCCAAGCUGAUUGAUUUUAGCCUCGCUGUGAAAGUAACUCCUGGGCAGAAGCUGCGGGGUUUCUGUGGCACUCUGCCCUAUUGUGCCCCAGAACUCUUUGCACGGGGGGAAUACGAUGCGUACCCCAUCGACAUGUGGUGUUUAGGGAUUCUCCUCUUUCUCAUGGUGGCUGGGCACUUCCCUUUCCAAGCCAAAUCUGUGGCAGGCAUGAGGAACGAGGUCACCUCAGGCAACUUCACCAUUCCUAAGCAUGUUUCUAUCGACAUUUUCAAUGUCAUCUUGGAAUUACUGAUAAUCAAUCCCGGCAGAAGGCCCACCAUCAAGGACAUCAUGAGGCGCCCCGUGAUCAGGGCCAGUGAGGCACGUUCACCACCUACCUCCACCCCUAGCCUACCAGGCACCCCGAGCCCUAGCAUUGUCGGGACCAUGAGAGUCAUGGGCUAUAAGCCUGAAGUAAUCAUUGAAUCCCUGAGAGACCAAAAAUACGACGAGGUGAUGGCAACUUACCUUAUAUUGCAGCACCAGUCACCUGCGGGGGACUGUGGCCACAACCAGGAGAGCUGA